AGCACUUGCACUCUUCACUUUCUUCCUGCAAUUGUCUGAAGGCUGGAUUUUGUUUUUGUCUCUCUCCCAACAGCAGUUGUUACUUGCUCAAAGUGUUGCAGAAUAGCUUAUCUGUGUGCCCCAGAAGGGUGGGACUCCCAGAGAUCACAGGCUUUUUACAAUGAGCCAAAGCCAGCCUGCUGACUAGAAGAAAACUUGCUGAGGGUUUCAGCCAUGAGUGCUACAUGGGCUUUGCAAAAGGCAGUGAUUGCACUGGUGGGACUCGGCUGGGUCCAAAGCGGCCACGGCUUCCACUGCCGAGAGACAAGUGAGCAUCACCUCAUCCUGGAAGAUCGCUGCUUGUGUUCCAAUGCUGUGCAUCUCUGCUGUCCUGUGUCGUGAACGACAGGAGCAGGAGGACACAGAGCUGAGUCUGGACACUUGGAUUGCACGUACUCAGUGACCAGAGCUCCAGAGCUGGGAAUGAGCCCUGAACCGAGCUCUGCUGGGAUGUGACCUGGGACUGCUCACUUAAAGCCUUGUCAUUCUCCACCUGCCAGCUCUGCACGUUCACUGUGCUUACCCACGUGUUUCAUCAGGCUACUGCACAGCCUGCAGGAGUCUGAACUCAUUCUGUUCAAGUCUCAGAGUACACCUUGUGUUCCUGAGGCCACAAGAGUAGAAGGAAGGCACCAAUUUGUCUGUUUUAAUUUUUUGCCAGGAGUCUUUGCAAUGGAUGAUGGAGCAGAGUCUCUGAUGACUGUGCAUCUCCUCACCCAUUUGGGACACACAUUUCUUCUGCAGCAAACUCUGGAUCAGCUUUUGGAGUGGCUCUGCCUGGACAUUCGCCUUUUCCUGGUGUCUGAGCGGAUUCCUCCACUGAAAUACUACGAGAGAUACUGCAAGAGGAGCUGCAGCUUUCCUGGAAUAUCUGUCCUCCUUUUUCUGCACGAGGACUUGGGAGAAGAACGGAUUGUCCAGGUCCAUGAGCAAUUCCAGCGCCCACCCUGGCGGUACCAGCGUGCCCAGUUUGCUAACGGGCAAAGCCCUCGCUAUGCCCCAGCCCACCAGGACUUCUAUGGCCUGGAUGAGCAGCUGCCCGUGUGGGGCAUCAGGCGGGUGCACUGUGGCCCCGAAAUCCUGCGCAUCACCCUCUACUGCAGCUUUGAUAACUAUGAGGAUGCAGUGAGGCUCUACGAGAUGAUCCUCCAGAAAGAAGCCACUCUGCAGAAAACCACUUUCUGUGUCUUCGUGCUGCACGCCACCCCACACGUGGCCGUGCAGCUGUGCCUGAAGCAGCUGCCCAUCGGGGUGGCUGCCGAGCCCAGGGACUCGUCAGCCUUGCAGUUCAAGGUACAAGAAAUCGGGCAGCUGGUGCCCCUCCUGCCCAACCCGUGUGUUCCCAUCAGCAGCACCAGGUGGCAAACACAGGACUAUGAAGGAAAUACAAUUCUGCUCAAGGUUCCAAACAGCUCCAAGACCCUUGAAACAAGCAUCGGGCUUUCCCAGCAGUGUAAUAGUACAGGCAGUGGAAAAAUCCUGCAGGACUGUAUCCCAGCCCCUCUCCAUGUAAAGCAGGAUAAUGCUGGGCGGAGGAGCCGGGAGGUCAGAGCUCUGAAGAGUAAAACAAAAUCUGACCCAGGUGGAGCCCUUGCCUCUGAGCAAGCCAGCAGUGACCUCCAGAGGCACUCCUGCUCUCCUCCUGGUGUCGCAGCAGCCCGGCCGUGGUGGGAAGCGCCAUCGCUGUGCAGGCAGGCGGGCGGGAGGCUGCAGGCUCCUCUCCCGGAGAGCCGCCGGCAUCGCGGAACGGAGACCGACGUGGACACCGGGCUCGCCGUGGGGAACCCCAGCAGCGGCCGCUGCCCGCUGAGCCACUUCCCCAGGGCCCUGCGGAGCAGCCUCCUGGAGCCGCCAUCCCCCGGGGCCGGGGCGGGGGCCAGCGCUGCCCUGCCCGCCCAGGACGGGACCCGGCUGCUGCGAAGGAGCAAAGCAGCGGCGCACGGAGCUCCGGGCUGCCACUCGCAGACACCGCGGGCCAGCCCCGCACACCCAGCAGAGGACGACGAGGAGGAAUUCUUUAUAUGACUGAAACCAAACGUGCCAGAUGGACUCAUCCUUCCCAAAGGACAGCAGAGCACUUUUGGAUGUCCUGUGGCUGCUGCUGCUCAGGUUGUCCCUCUGUAGCUGUGACACCUCAGUAAUGCGGUCACCGAGGCAGACACUAACUUUCCACGGAGAGGUGCUAAGGAGGCUGCAGGAAAAAUAACACUGUUUACAGAAAGUUGUUGUUUUGGUUUGGUUUUUCUAAUGCACACUAGGUGAUGGGUAUGUUGUGCAAUGAACAGGAAUAAGCCAUAUGACUCCUACAGCUGUUCUAAGAUGCUAAAAAAUAGACAGUGACAUCUUCAGACGGUUUUUGAAGGUGCAGCUUGCCUGAGCUGCCCAGGCAGCUGGAUGCCCCCAGCCGUGGGGACUCACCAUCCCUUGCCAGGACGUACUGGAACAAGGUUGUGGCAUGGUCACAGGGCUUAUGCUGGUUUUCCUUUGUGUUCCUUCUUGUUUCCCCUAUUGUUGGUAUUUAAAAUCUAUCAGUGCUGUCAAUUUUAUGCAAGAUUUGAAACAUAAGAAUGUUCUUUUAAAUAUUUCUCAAGAAAAAUAUUUCUUGUGAGGCCUCUUUCCCAACUCGGCACAGUACAUGCAAAAAACCACACACUUGAAGAGAAGUGCCAGUAAAAUCUGCUGUUGCCUAUUCAUAUGACACUUAAAAUAAACACAGCAACGGGCCAGGCUUUGUUAAA